GAGAAAACACAAGUGACGCAGUUUUCCUGCAGCCCCGCUGAGCGGCAGGGCGGGUUGACUCUCCACGGUUCUCAUGUUGUGUUUAAGUUCCUCUCCGUGCUGGGACUUUUCCAUCAGUCACUUCAGACUCGUCCUGACGAUCUCACCUGACAACACAAUGGCAGAGACACUUCCAGUCGCCGCACCCGAAACUGCACCGGCAAAGGUCCCGGCCAAGCCGGCAAAGAAGAAGACCACCACCAAGACGGUCAAGAAGUCCGGUCCCACCGUCACCGAGGCCAUCCUGAGCAUCAUCCAGCAGUCCAAGGACCGCAAAGGCACCUCUCUCCAGGGCCUGAAGAAGGCGUUGGCCGCUCAAGGCUUCGACAACAACGCUCAGAUCAGACGCGCCGUCAAGACCCUGGUGCAGAAACAGGUCCUGAAGCAGACCUCCGGAUCAGGCGCCUCCGGGUCUUUCAAGGCAGUGAAGCCCGCAGAGAAGCCCAAGAAGUCGGCACCGGCGAAGAACACCGUCACCAAGGCCAAGAAGCCGGCAGAGACGAAGAAAAGAUCCGCCACAGCCCCCAAGAAGAAGACAACAGCCGCCAAGAAGAAGUCGGCACCAACAGGCGGCAAGAAGACAGCAACAGGCGGCAAGAAGACAGCAGCAGCCGCCGCCAAGGCAAAGGGGACCCCCAAGAAGGCAACGAAGCCCAAAAAUCCCAAGCCAUCGUCGGCGAAGAAGCCAGCAAAGAAGCCCACAGCGAAGAAAGCAGGCAAGACCCCCAGUAAGAAGGGCCCGGCCAAGAGGGCUGCAAAGCCCGCAUCGAAGAAGGCAGCGAAGAAACCCGCCAAGAAGUAAACCUACUAAUUUACUUCACCACCCAAAAGGCUCUUUUAAGAGCCACCCAAAUCUUAAAAAGAGCUUUUAUUUCCCCCCUACAUGGUUUUAUGCGCAUGUUAAGGUAAAGUGUGGUUGUUCAUGAUGUUAUUUUUUGCAUUAUUACAAUCCGAAGCAGUGUCAGAUAAUAUACAUUUUAGUGUAGAGAUGUAGUGAAUGUAUGUGCUGAAUGAGGAUAAAUGUAAAGCUGUCAAAGGUAAGUAUACAUGUAAGGUAAGUGUUUCAGUUUAAAUUGUUUUUCAGUGAGGUUAACUCAUUAAUGUAUGGAUAUAAAGGUUAUACUUGUACACUCGCU